CCGGGUCGUAACUAAAUUUGAACCGUACAUAACCAGGUCGAACCGGGACGAGGUCCACGUGUGUAGCAGAUUAUACCGACAUCGUUUUCCUUAAUUCACUUUCUCUCUCGACGGGACAUUUGACUAAAGUCAAACGGUCGUUAACUAAAACCUGAUGGCCGGAAUAAACUCCUCGCCGCCGGCGACGAUUAAGCUCUCCUUCGUUCUUUUCCUCGUUCUCGCAGUCUCAUCUCCAUCACCUAUUUUCGUUAAUGGCUUCUCUUUCCCUUUCUCCUUCUCGCAGUACAAAAUCCUAAUCUCAACCUCACGAUCCCUCCUCCUCCGCGUCGCGAACCUACGCGCGUCGCGCGGGGACGCGUUGGGGUCGUCUCGUGUACGAGCCAUGGCGGAUGAGAUCGAUCGCGGGUUAGGGUUAGGGUUUCUGAGCAGAGCGUGGUCCGUUGGGUGGGAUUACAUGUGGAAUUACGCUUGGAGAAAGGGAGGGAUUGACUACGGUGAGAUGUACGGUGCGAUCGGUGAUCUCAACGAGCUUAUGGGUUUAGUUACCGAAUUCAAUCGAGCUGAGUCGAAUGCUGAUAAAGCGACCUCCGUUGCUCGGAGCUAUGGAAAAGCCCUUCGAGUUUCGAAGCAACUGCUUCGUCGUCUUCUUAGAAUCUUUGGUAAAUCGGGUGCAUUGAGGGAGUUUUGGGAGAUGGUGCAAGCUGAAGUAGUCGAUGGAGAGUUACUACAAGACUGUCUCGAAGUUGGUAGCAACGACGUUAAGAGUUUGCUUCAAAUCGCAAAGGACAUGGCUCUACAAUACUUUUCUUCUCGAAGCCCUUCCUCAGAUGAACUAUAGCUACAGAACCAGAGCUUUCAUGUACGUUUUGGCACGUUGUACUAUCUUAUGCAUUAAGCCAAAUCCUCUAGCAAAGCCGCAAGAACCAUUUUGUUAGUUACAUCUUUUGCUAAGUAAGAUAUAAGAGAUAUCUAGACUAGAAAACGAUUUGUUUGUUCGUUAGAUGAGGUUUUUUUAGAUUCAUAGACUAGAAGAAACUCGAGGUGUGUUGUCCUCCAUUGCAUCCAUUGUAAUUUCAUCAAUCUAAGCCCACUUUUUGUUAUCGAGAUCUUGAGAAAGUCUUUGAAAAACAUAAGUCUAGCCAUUGUAGGUAUCCUACAUUUUCUGUGAUUGGUUUAAGUCUCUCCAUCCAUAGUCAAUAUUUUAUUAAUAAAAAAAA